GCUGUUUCCUAGUGCGGUCAGCUGAUCAGACUGAACAGAAGGCUGGAUAGGCUGUCUUGUAUUGCUAGCACCACAUCUGCAGUGCAAUGCACUCAUAGCGAACCAUCUAAAGCUUGUUCGUUGAUGUGAAUCCGUGCCAUCUCUUUGAGGAUCUACCGGGACUAAAAAGCAGUUGCUUCAGGUAGAAAGAAAGCUCUGUCCCUUCGACUCUCUCUGCUCCUCUGUGCACCAGACAGCUCCUCUCCAUCCCUGGCCCCUGAACUGGCCUUGUCCACCUGGGGCCCGACAAGGAGAAGCUGACAAAGCAACCGUCCCAGAGCUGAACUGGAUUCAAUGAGGGAGCCGGGGCCAGAGGAGCAGCUUGACGACAACAUGCCUCCCAAGUUCAAACGGCACCUCAACGAUGACGAGGUCACGGGGUCCGUGCGCAGCGAGAGGAGGAACCUGCUUGAGGAAGACUCCGACGAAGAGGAGGACUUCUUCUUGAGGGGACCAACGGCACCCAGGUUUGGAGCUCCAACUGACAAAAUCAAACAUGUGCAGUCGCAGGUUGAUGAGGUCAUCGACGUGAUGCAGGAGAACAUCUCCAAGGUGAUAGAGAGAGGGGAGAGGCUGGAAGACCUGCAGGACAAGUCAGAGAGCCUAUCAGACAACGCGUCAGCCUUCAGUAGCCGCGCCAAGCAGAUGCACAGGAGGAUGUGGUGGAGAGACACAAAGAUGAAGAUGAUCAUCGGCCUGGUGGUGGUCGGGCUGCUUCUCAUUAUCAUCAUUCCAGUGAUCAUGCGGAAUCGUGGCUAGCGGCCGACGUGGAGGACGAGGAGAAUCUUCCUCCUCCUCCUCUUCCUCCCUCUCUCCUCGACACAGUCCUCCACAGCCACCAGGAGGAGCCACACAGCUCAGCCCCUCAUCAGCGUCAGGAGAACUCCACCCUGUCACCCAACAUAUCACCGCUAGGGCCUCCAGUAACUUCACCCAACAUAUCACCGCUAGGGCCUCCAGUAACUCCACCUUGUCACCCAACACAUCACCACUAGGGCCUCCAGUAACUCCACCUUCUCACCCAACAUAUCACCGCUAGGGCCUCCAGUAACUCCACCUUGUCACCCAACAUAUCACCGCUAGGGCCUCCAGUAACUCCACCUUGUCAC